AUGUUUUCCGUCUCCGUACCGCCCAUUUCGGUGGGCUCGAACGUCUUUUUCGCAUUCGCCCUCUUCUUCAUUUCAGCACUUGUACUAUUGCUCCUACGACGAUUCCUGACAUUGCGCGCCACUCCGGGCUACCUGAUUGUCCCCAUAUUCUUGGCUCUGGCUCUGCCUGCCAGUGUCGUACUCUUGGUUCCCAUUGAUUUGGCGUCCAGUUCCCACGAUGGCUCGGGUCCCAAGGCAAUCUGGCUGCCAGAGCGAAUGGUUCUGGUCUGCUGGCGCAUUGCCUACUGGCUAAUCUUUGUUCUUACUUGGGCUAUCCUUCCAUUGCUCGGUGAAUACGUCGACUCCGGAUACCGUGAACCCAAAGCCCGCCUUAUGUACUCCCUCCGAUCCAACGCUAAAUACCAAUUAAUCGUCCUGGGCUGUGCGUUGGUGGGAUUGGUCUACGUCUCCAUCUCAAACGGCUUCCGUUUGAGAUCAAUCAAGGGUCUCGUCAUGGCAUUGGCAUAUGUGUGGGGUCUGGUGCUUGCCAUCUACCUUAUGGGUCACGGCCUAGUUUCCAUCCCACGCAAUCUGCUCCGAAACUCGAACGUCAGCGGUCGGCUACGAAGAAUCCAGGCGCAUGCGCCCAAAGUACACGAUCGACUGAUGGACUCCGUCAAUGAAGUGGAAAACCUUAACGCGCAGGUUUCUCAGUUGCAACAGCGCAAGACCGGUACUGCCCGCGACUUCCGAGAGUGGAUUGAAGAGCUUCGGGAAGGUCACGGUCAACCGGACGUGCGGGCCCCAAUCCUUGAAUCUCAGGAUACCUCUGCUACUAUACCCUCUGUAAUUACAGAGCGCUAUCUGGCCGAUCUGACAAGACGACUUCAGCGUGCUCGCCACAUGAAGGCUCGGUUUGUGGAUGAGUGGGAUCGCACAGUUCAGUUGGCUGCCGAUCUCCAAGCUAUUAUCAACUCCGCGGCUUCGAAGAAGCUUGAAUUUGCUCCCGGAGCUCGACGGUCUUCCUGCUUCCCCCGCGUGAAGUUCCUUACUCCGUACAUGCGGUAUCAGCUAUACUUCAAUGUCAUCCCUGCGGUCAGGCUAGCAUUUGGAGCAUUUUUCGCUGUGGCGUCUGGAUGCAUUGUUUGGUCAGAGUUGAUCAAGUCUUUGGCGCCCCAUCUAUCUGCUAUUAGUCUGACUGUUGUUCCGAACUGGAAAUCCAGCCCUGUCGGUUUUGGCGGUCAACUCAUCGCCUCUGCCUGGCUGUUAUACAUGUGUUCGGCAGCCCUCGUUGGUGUUAGCGAUGUCAAAGUCUGGGGAAACCGAGCACUUGUCCGACGUAACACAUACGGCGAAAGUGCAUGCUGGUACGCCAGUCUUGUGGCUCGUCUGACAGUGCCAAUCGCCUACAACUUCUUGACAUUCCUGCCCAAGGAGUUCCGUAGAAGUACCACAUUCUACGAGUUCCUCGGCAAGCUCAUCAACCUAACGCCCCUCGGCAAAGGAUUCGAUUUCAUCUUCCCCAUCCUUAUCCUCCUGCCUAUCUGCGCAACACUAUUCAACCUCUAUGGCCGCAUCAAGAACAUCUUCGGAUGCGGCCUUGCAGAGGAUGACGAUAUCCACGAUGUGGAGAACAACCCCGCCGGAUAUGGCUUGGGCGGCUGGCGCGAGGGCCGCGACCUCAUUGAGCGCGAGCUGAACGGCUUCGGCUCAUUGGCAGUCUCCUCCCGUGGCAGCCGCUCCACCUGGGCAUCAGACCGCAACGAAGAAGGCUCCCCGGGCUCCUCUCGCCUGCGUGUCCCAGCUUCCGAGGGCUCUCGCUCUCCCCAGCCUACCCAGCGGACCGUAGCUCCCCCUACGAUCGUCGAGGGUGAAGAGGAAGAAGACGAGAACUUCUUCCAGUCUUUUGCACAUCGUGUGAAGAAUACUUUUGACACUACUAAUACGCCUCAGUGGUUCCAAGGUGAGCCAUUCCGCCUUCCGCGCUGGAUGUCAGGUAACAACAACACUACCACGGAAGAAGGUGGUGUUUCGAGGUUGUUUGGUGGCCGGGCUGUGCCUGGUCGCCUGCGACUCGGCUAA